AUGGCCAGUCGUGUGUGGAACUCGGCUACGAUCGGUUUGGUUUUUUGGCUUGUGUGCUUCGCAGCUCAGUGCUCCUCGCUCCUCUCGCUUCUUCUUGAUCGUUUUCGGGCGGUUUUUCCAAUCGAAACGAACCAAAAAUCGCACACAUAAAGACCCACAUUAUAUAAACAGAAGAUCUACAACACCUUAAUGCACACGCACACACCUCUCCUACUAUAAAUAGCCCCACGGAAAUCGGUAAAUAAAUAAAUCGGAGAGCCGCAAAGUAAAAGUUCUAGGAAGAAAAUCUAAUUGCGACUUUGCGAAAAAGAUGGUGAAAUAAACGAAAAACUUGUAUUAUAAUGAGUGAAGAACUGCACUUAAUGUAAUAAACACGCGUACUUAAUUAAUUCGUAAACACAAGAACAGUUAAUUGACGAAUUCGAACUGCGAAGUGAAAUGUUGGCGAGAUGUGUUUUGUUUGUCACCUGGCUGGCGGUUUUCGUGACUGGAAAAAGUGACGAUCAGUUGAUGAAGCUACCCGCCUGCGCCGCUAAACAGGGCGAGUGCGAUGAUAACGAGGGUCCCGUCUGCGGCACCGACGGCCAAACCUAUCCCACCAGGUGUCACCUGAUGCGGGCGCAGUGCGGUGGCCACCAGGUGAGCCUCAAGUACAGCGGUUCUUGCAAUGCCUGUUUGGAGGCAGUGAAAUUUGCGCGUCGUCAGCAGGAACGUGAUCCGGAAUACUUUGUGCCCAGGUGCAGGAAGGAUGGCAACUUUGCGGCAAUGCAGUGCUAUGGGAAAAACGGAUGCUGGUGCAGUGAUAGUCAGGGUAGACCCAUCGAGGAUGAUUCCAAGCAAUUCCGGCGAAAGGGAAAGCUUCGCUGCAGAGCUAAUCGACGUGACCGACGCCGUCUGGCCUCGCAUCAGAUUAGCUAUACUCCGGAUACCUCUGCCUCCAAGGGAAGUUCGGAAACAGGGUCAUCUGCCCACCGACCCUGCACCAAAUCGGAUCGGUUACUGUUCAACAACAAUCUGAUGCGCAUGUUCCGCAACGAGGCUCAGAGCUUUUUCCGACAACCAUCUAUGUCGGACUCCCAUAUCCUGGAGUGGAAGUUCGCCAAACUGGAUACGAAUGGUAAUAAGCUGCUUGAUCGUCAGGAGAUCAGGGAACUAAAGAAGGUCCUCAGGCGGAACGUCAAACCACGACGAUGUGGAAGGACUUUUGGCAAAUACUGUGAUGUCAUCAAGGACUCCAACUUGAAUAGGUUGGAAUGGAGCAUUUGCUUUACUAAAGAGUUUCAUAACCGUAGCGCUGUUGUUAAUCUUCUAGCGAGCAGUGCAGCCACCGCGCCACCUCACUCUACCCACUAUAGUAUCCAUGACACGAAUGGCAAUGGUCACCAUCGUGGUCAUAUCAACACCAUUGGCAGUGGAAACAAUGCGCACUUGUACUCCGAGGAUGUGAGUGGCAGUGAUGAACACGAGGAUAACUACGAGGACAGUGGAACGGGAUACGGUGGUGAAGACGACGAUUCGCAAGGAUCGGAUCUGCCCAGCUCACGAACCCACAUCCCAUCAUUAUAUAGGCAGAAUAAAAUGUAUGUUAACGCGCAAAUCUUUACAGUGCUCAACUCGAAGCCAGAGGCAGCCAGUCAGGACAUAGAAAAUGACUCCAACUGCUGGAUGGAUCAGUCGAUUACGAUGGAGGAGCAGGGCCACAGUGGGGCUUUUGUGCCGCAGUGCCUGCCGGAUGGUCGCUAUCAACGUGUACAGUGCUACUCCUCUACGUCCACCUCGUAUUGCUGGUGCGUCAACGAGGAUACGGGCAAGAGCAUUCCGGGCACAUCGGUGAAGAACAUGAGGCCUCAGUGCGAUGAGAAUGCGGUGGUGCGACCCAUGAAGGGAUGCACUGAGCCGCGAAAGACGCAGUUUCUCAAAGAGUUGAAGGCCUACCUCAACACCUCACUCCUGCCCAGCAGUACAACCGGCACUAACUCAACGUGGAAGACAGAUGAUGAACGGAUUGCCACGCUGAGCUUUGUAUAUCUGGACAAGAACAAAAAUAAGUCUUGGGAUCGUCGAGAGUGGAAGAACUUCCGGGAUUUGGUCACCAGUGCCAGUAAUCUGCGUAGAUGUGGCAAGAAGAUGCCGCGCUACUGCGACGUGAAUGGAGACAAGAAGAUCUCGUUGACCGAGUGGGUCAACUGCCUUCAGGCAACCCCGCGGGAAAGUGCCACCACAGCCAAGCCGGCACAGUCAAAUGAGACGGCCAGUCCAAAAUUCCAGGGAGUAAAUCCGGUGGAGCGAUAUCUGAAAGAUUAAUUGGGGAAAGAUAUUUCCCAUCCGUGCUGCUGCUAUUACUACUCAUUAGAUGUCGUCGUGCCAUGACACACACAAAAACCACACGAAAACACAUCCUACACACCACCAUCCAAAAUUGGGUGGAUCGAUUUUUGGAUUAAUACUGAAAAUGUAGACAUUUUUACAGUAAACAAGAUUUUUUUUAAGAAAUAUAAUUUCUAACUUUGGCAUUUUCGAAGAUCCUCAUUAAAACAAUAUCAGUUUGUAAUAAUUAUUGCAAAUAUUUUUAUUUUUUAGAUUUGUGUUUUGUUGUAAUUAUAAAAAAUUGUACAAAAUAAUUAAUUCAAUAGGUAUUAACAUAUAAAUUUAAAAUUACAAAAAUACUUCAGCUAUCAGAUAUGGAUCAGUAAACUAAUACCUUUUCUCAACAUGUAACUAUGUAUCGUUUAUGUAAAAUUUCUUGUUCUUUGGUUUUAAGAGAGCUUAAGCUUAUAUAAGCCCAGAAUUUAUUGUCCAUGAAAUCGAUCCACCCUGAUCUUCACCUACACACAGACACAUUCCUAGCAUUAGAUUCUAUAAUUUACAUGUGUAUGUUACUAAUUCUUAAUUAGUGUUGUAAAUAUUAUCGGACAUAAAAGUUUAAGCUUA